AUGUAUUGGAUACUAUCCCCCGAGCCGCCUGUGCCCACACUUGCAGUGCCUCUAGUUGAAGACCUCAUCUCUAGCCAGGAAUUUAUUUCUGCAGAGAAUCCAAUCGCUUGGAUGAAGCAAAAAUUAAUGAUAAAUGAGCAAGAAAUCCAACAGAUUGCCUGUCUUACCACUGGUCAAAAGGAAAAUUGCAUGUGGUCAUCUGUUAGGAAGAAUAGAUCAACAGCUUCAAACUUUGGUUGUGUAUUGGCAGCGAUCAAGAGAAAUAGAUAUCCUGUCUCCUUAUACAAAAGAUUAUGCUCAGCUUAUGAUCUGUCAAAGAAGGAUGCCAUUAUUUGGGGGACGUGCAAUGAAAAAGUCGCAGUUGAAAAGUAUAGAACUUUUGGGGAUGCAGUUGUAGAGCCAACAGGUAUCUGGCUACACUGUAAUGGGGUUCUUGGGUCAAGCCCCGAUGGACUCAUUCGUCGUCCUGCUGCAUUCGGAUUCAGCUAUCAGAAUCCAGGACUCGCUGACAUAUUAGAGAUGUCAAACGUUAAGCCAGAAAUACUGGAGGUGAAAUGCCCCUUUUCAGCAAAGAAUAUGACAAUUCCAGAAGCUAUUGAAAAAGUACAGGAUUUCUGCCUAGGUAAUAAUAGUGUAGGUUCAGGAUUUUAAUGGAGUCAAGUCCUUCAAGCUAUGAGAGAACCACCAAUACUAUGAUCAAGUGCAAGGACAGCUUCAUAUAAUUGGGAAAUCCUUGUGUGAUUUUAUAGUCUGGACACCAAAAGACUGUGCGAUUGUGAGAAUUAACAAAGACAUCAAUUGGGAGAUCAACAUAUCUGUUUUGACAGACUUUUAUUUCUGUAAAUUUCUCCCGUAUUUACAACAGCUAUAAGAUAUAACAUUAAACAUGGUGAAAACAUUUUAA